GGCAUUUAACCUGUUGCAGCUGGAGGGGGCAGAAGGCGCUCGCUCUGUGGGGGGAGGCGUGAGCAAGAGGAAAAAAGGUUAACGAGUUAGCCGGCUAAAAUAAAUAAAGAAAAGAAGAAUCAUAGCAACCUGAAGCCACCUCAAAAAUCAAAACCUUCAGCCACCAACGACGAAGGAGGGUAGCCUUGUGGCUGUGAUUUCUCCCUCUCUUCAGUCCCCCCCCAUUUUUUUCUCAGAAUGUUUGCUAGACUUUGGGGCUCUGUGACUUCUCGCUUGCUGUUGGCGCUGCUGGUGCUUCUUCCUCAGGUUCAUGCCCACAGAGUUACGGGCCCCAGGUUUUUAAUAAGCGAUCGUGACAGAGACCCACAGUGUAACCUCCACUGCUCCAGGUCCCCAGCUAAGCCCCUCUGUGCCUCAGAUGGCAGGACAUAUGAAUCGAUGUGUGACUAUCAGAGAGCAAAGUGCAGGGAGACGAGCCUGAGUGUGGUUCAUCGAGGCAGAUGCAAAGACGCUGGUCAAAGCAAAUGCAGAUUAGAAAGGGCUCAAGCACUGGAUCAAGCAAAGAAGCCACAAGAAGCAGUCUUUAUUCCAGAAUGCAGUGAGGAUGGAUCAUUCACCCAGGUGCAGUGCCAUACCUAUACUGGAUAUUGCUGGUGUGUCACUCCAGAUGGCAAACCCAUCAGUGGUUCUUCUGUACAGAACAAAACUCCUGUAUGUUCAGGUUCAGUAACUGACAGGCCAUUAGGACAGGGUAAUUCUGGGAGAAAAGUUUCUUUUCGAUUCUUUUUAACUCUCAAUUCAGAUGAUGGUUCGAAACCAACACCCACUAUAGAGACCCAACCUGUUUUUGAUGGAGAAGAGAUAACAGCUCCCACCCUUUGGAUUAAGCACUUGGUCAUCAAAGAUUCUAAACUGAACAGUUCUAGUAUGAAAAAUUCAGAGAAAGUUAAUUCAUGUGACCAAGAGAGGCAAAGUGCUCUUGAAGAGGCCAGGCAGAACCCCCGUGAAGGGAUUGUUAUCCCUGAAUGUGCUCCUGGGGGGCUGUAUAAGCCAGUGCAGUGCCAUCAAUCUACAGGAUAUUGUUGGUGUGUUCUGGUAGACACAGGUCGCCCCCUGCCUGGUACUUCUACCAGAUAUGAGACCCCUGUGUGUGAAAGUGAUGCCAGAUCAAAGAGUCCAGAAAAUGAUGACCCAUUCAAAGGCAGAGAACUUCCAGGCUGCCCAGAAAGGAAGAAAGUGGAAUUUAUUACCAGUUUACUGGAUGCUCUCACCACAGACAUGGUACAGGCCAUUAACUCAGCAGCACCUGCUGGAGGCGGGAGGUUUUCUGAGCCUGAUCCCAGCCACACUCUGGAAGAGAGGGUGGUACAUUGGUAUUUUACUCAGCUGGACAACAACAACAGCAAUGACAUCAACAAGAGGGAGAUGAAGCCCUUCAAGCGCUACGUCAAGAAGAAAGCAAAGCCCAAGAAAUGUACGCGGCGCUUCACUGACUACUGUGAUCUCAACAAGGACAAAUCUAUCUCUCUACAUGAAUUAAAGGGUUGCUUGGGUGUCGGGAAGGAAGGAGAGAGCAUUGGCAGUUUUCCCCAUGGAAAAAGGCAAGGUGUUAACCCUUUCAUAGGACGUCUUGUCUAAGAGCUGAUGGGAAAGCAUAAACCAGACGGAGGGAAGGACAGGACAGAAUAUAUUGCUCGAAAACUCUCAAGUGGAACUGGAAACAUCCAAUGUAGCAGAAGUGGCUGCCACAACAUGUGCACUUUUUAAAAAAAUUGAAAGGGAUGAAAAUUGGCCUACUUAUAAUGCCAUUUUCUAGUACUGUGGAGAUGAAGAAAAAAAGGAGAACAUUACAUCUUGGAAAGAAAACUGAACAGCUACUGAUGAUUUAAAUGUUGGGGAUUACUUGGACUUGAAGAAUUGUGUCUUAUAUACUGUGUAUAAAUGUAAAUUGUACAGUGGUUUUGUGUUGGCCUUAGUGUGACUACGUUGUCCCUGCCUAGGACAUUUUCAAAGCUGGUUUAGAUUAAAGGGGCACAGAGGACCCUGGAAUCCAGUAAUGCAUUGAUUGCUACAACCAAUCCAAAUUCAAACCUAAAACCAACUUCUUUCUUGCACAACCAACAUCAUUAUUCAAAGUUGUUGGUUGCUCCUACACUUUCAUUUGAAUACUUCCUGUGUGUAUACACAUACACACACAAACACACAUGCAGAAAAAGUCUUUUGCCAUACAAAACACAUCUGGCAACUUGCUGGAAUUGGUCCCUGUGAGGCGUCCUUCCCUGGCUCUCCCUGUCAGGUUCCUACCUGCUCGUGGUUACUGCCUGUCUCUAGGCACCACCAGGGACUCCACCAGUCCGGACCGCUCUCUCUUAUGGUUUCUCUCCCCGCUCUAGCACAGAUCUCAACAGAUCCCCCUGCUAGGCAACCACCAGUAACGUCCCAAUACUAGUAUUCCCAGAGACUCUGAAUACUGGUAUUGUUAUUCUCUUCACCGCUGCCACCAUUUGUUACAGUUCCCCUUCAGCCUUGGUCAUUACCUUACCCUCCCUUCUGGUCUGUGAAACCCCAGCCAAGGAUCAGGCCUUUGGUAAACCAAAUUAAGUAUUUAUUACAGAUAACAAAGCUAACAAGAUUAACAAGAUUUCUUCUUAAGCCACAUAAGCAUAUGGUUUUAUUCAAUACUAAUCCGAACUCCACCUCCCUCCUGGCAAACAACUCUCUAAACCCCACUAACCAACCCACUCAGUUCUCUUCUCCCCCCCGAUUCCACUCUCACUCUUCCUUUUAUACAUUCAGCCAUUUUAAACACUCAGCCAAUCAUCUCGCAUUCUACUGCCCAUUCACUCCUCCUCCUCUUUCACUCCACUUACCAUGUAUCUUCUAAAACAACACUUACCAUAUAUACAUUAAUAUAGGAACAUCACAUUUCCCCCCCCUUAAACAACAGCAGAGUAUUAUUCCUGUUCCAGGAUUUAUA